UGUGUGUGUGUGUGUGUGUGUGUGUGUGCACUUGUAAUGACCGUCAAUCGGGGAGGUUCAUAUGAAUACACAACUUCCAACUGUGGAGACACAGCAAACCGUGGAGCUCCACAGUUGCAGAAUCAUUAAAAAGAGAUUUAAAUCAGCUUUGGGACAUCUCAGUAGUACCCCAUCAACGUUCGGCUGCGAUUUAACUCCAUCCCCGGUUUCCCACUUUGGAGUCAUAGCUUGCAGCCUGAAUAUGUGUAUUAUUUUCCGAUCUCAAGAAUAAUAUCAAGUGAAGAGCGCCAGCAUGAGGAUACACACUGCACAGUCUGUAUCUUAUUAGAUGCAGCGCAUGCGCAGUGCUGGUGCAGUGCACCUUGCGACGUGCCUGUUAACGUAUAUGGACAUGUCAUGGCGGGAUUAGUACAGCCACAACUGGCAAAAAAUCGGAUUCUCAGAAGUCAAACCAGACAGACAGUUCCAGAUAUUUUUAGUGAAGUUGAUCCUGAAGGAUUUACAGUGAAACAGCUGCCUGACAAAGGUAGAGCAGUCUUUACCACCAAAACGUUUGAAGAGGGAGAAUUCCUUUUGUGGUACAGAGGAGAUCUGGUAACCAGAGAUGUGGGGGAAAGAAGAGAUGCAGACUGUGAAACUUGCUUCAGAUACUUUUUCACAUGGAAAGGGACGAAAUGGUGUAGGGAUGCAUCAGUCGAACCAACUAAACAACAACUGGGACGACUCGUCAACCAUGGUUGGAGGGGUGAAGUCAACAGCAGAAUGAAGAUUAGAGAGAACCCUCACAAUGAACCAGAACUGGUUCUCUUCUCAUUGAAGAAAAUCAAAGAAGGUGAAGAAGUGUUAUAUGAUUAUGGGGUGGGAGAUAAUUUUGUAUUCCCAAGUCCUACUCAAUUACACAGUGGAGUCCAAGAUGAAAAACCUGAAAUUCUGCAAAAUUCUGCAAACCUCCCACCAGACCCAGAAAAAGUUUGUUCACCAUUCUCCGAGCCUGCCACACAAGAACUACUGGAACCAGAUGGAAACUUUUCACAGUCCAAUGUUCGAGCUGAUGAUGAUGAAACAUCUGAAGAUCGAUGCAGAAACCCCCCUAAUAACGAAACAAAUUGGGAACCAUCCCCUAAGCCUGCCACACAAGCUUUAAUGGAAUCAGAUGGUAAGAUUUCACAGUUCAGUGUUUCAGCUGAUAAUGAUGACACAUGUGAUGAUCCAUGCCGGAACCCCUCUAAUAACCAAGAACAUUGGGAACCAUCCCCUGAGCCUGCCACACAAGCGUUAAUGGAAUCAGAUGGAAAGCUCUCCCAGUUUGAUGUUCCAGUUGAUAAUGAUGACACAUGUGAUGAUCCAUGCAUAAACCCCCCUAAUAACCAAGUGCAUUGGGAAUCAUUUACUGAGCUUGCCACACAACCUUUAAUAGAACCAGAUGGAAACCUUCCACUCUCCAAUGUUCUAACUGAUGAUGCUGAAACAUCUGAUGAUCUAUGCAGAAACCCCCCUAAUAACGAAACAAAUUGGGAACCAUCCACUGAGCCUGCCACACAAGCUUUAAUGGAAUCAGAUGGAAAGAUUUCACAGUUUAAUGUUUCAGCUGAUAAUGAUGACACAUGUGAUGAUCCAUGCAUAAACCCCCCUAAUAACCAAGUGCAUUGGGAACCAUUUACUGAGCUUGCCACACAACCUUUAAUGGAACCAGAUGGAAACCUUUCACUGUCCAAUUUUCUUGCUGAUAAUGAUGACACAUCUGAUGAUCUAUGCAGAAACCCCCCUAAUAACCGAGAGCACUGGGAACCAUUCCCUGAGCCUGCCACACAAGCAUUGAUGGUACCAGAUGGAACCCUUUCACAAAAUAUUUUUUCAAGUGAUAAUGAGGACACAUUAUCUGACCAUAAUGAUGAUAGUGAUGAUGAUCCAGACUAUGUCUGUGAUUCUCAAGGAGAUUCUGACUCUUCAGGGAAGACUUCAUUAAAUAAUUCUCAAGCAUCAUUGCCUAAGGCUAAAUGUACAUCAAUAAAUGGCAUCACUCGAUCACUGAAAUCUCUGUCAUCAGAUCAGUCAUUGGAGGCAUCAUCAAGAUAUGGAGGCAUUGAUGCUGACCAUGAGGGGAUAACUGUGAUGAAGACCAACAAUCAAGGAGGGCGAAAAUAUGACAAGGUAGCUUAUUGCAUGAUGUGUGAGAAGCCCCACAAAAAACUUCCUGAUCACCUGCGGUCACAACAUUCCAAUGAAAUAAAGGUGGCUCAAUACAUGGCAGCAACGAAUCGAAAAGAAAAGGAUAAGCUAUUGACAUUGAUAAGAAAUAAAGGAAAUCACAUGCACAACUACAGGGUCUUCGAAAAGGGUCAUGGAGAGCUUGUGGUCGUAUAUAGACCUUCUUGUGAAGCAAAGCCCCGUGAUUAUCAGCCUUGCAAAGAUUGUUUGGGAUGGUUUGCGAAAGCCGAAUUGUGGAAACACCGCUGCAUUUUGAAGCAAGAAGAGCCGGCUAAGGAGCAAAAGAAAAAACGAAGAAGACUAUUAGCACAAGGUCGACUCUUGCUUCCACCAGUGCCCUGCACAUCAAGAGAUUCUAUAACACACAAAGUACUGAGUGGUCUCAGCGAUGAUGAAAUCAAGGCCUGCAUUCUAAAUGAUCAGUUGAUUCUAGAAUUGGCCAAGGUGUACUCUAAGAAAUUGGGCCAUGACGAAGAACAGCACAACCACAUCAGAUGCAAGUUACGAGAACUAGGAAGACUUGUACUUCAGUUCAGACGUUGCAGCUGCAAUGGCAAGGCAAGUCUGACUUCCCUGAUAUCACCAAAUGGUUUUAUGACUGUCUUGAGUGCUGUCAAGAAAGUGGCAGGCUUUGAUGAGGAGAACCACUUGUUCAAUACACCAAGUCUAGCACUUAAGCUGGGACAUACCUUAAGAAAGGCUGCCUUUGUGCUCCUGAGUAAGGCUUUGAUGGACAGAGAUGGGGAUGACAUGCAGAAACUUGUAGAAAAGUUCAUCAAGCUGCUGGACACUUGUUGGGGAUCUGAAAUCUCUACUCAUGCUCUACGAACUUUGUACCAGAGGAAACGAAACCAGCCCAAACUCCUACCCCUAACGAGUGAUGUUGUGGCUUUGUCAAGACACCUAGAGGUACAGGCUGAACUUUGUGUAGACAAACUGUCAUCUGGGACCGCAAUCGAAAACCAUAGCACAUGGAGAGAACUCAACAAGACCAUGCUGGCUCAUCUCAUUGUGUUUAAUAGGAGGAGACAAGGGGAAAUCAGCAAGAUGACUCUUGAUGACUACAAUAAAAUCAAGAAAGGUGAAUCUCAUAUGGUGGAAGGACAACUAGAGAUGCUGAAAGACUGGGAAAAAAAUCUUGUAAAGUUUCUCUGGAGAGUUGAGGUAGUAGGAAAACGUGGCAGGACAGUGCCGAUCCUUGUGACAGACUCCAUGAAAUCAUGUGUAGACACCCUUGUAUCCCACAGGGAGGAAGCAGGUGUAAACCCAAGCAACAAAUACCUGUUCGCUGUAGCCAAUAGUGACACUACAUCUCAUGUUCGAGGGUCAGAUGCUCUCCGUGAGCUGUCAGAAGCAUGUGGAGCACAAAAUCCUUCAACACUUCGAUCCACAAAAUUACGGAAGCAUGUAGCUACCAUGUCACAACUAAUGAGCUUGAGGGACCAUGAGAUGGACGCCUUAGCAAACUUCAUGGGCCACGAUAUUAGGAUACAUAGGGAGUAUUAUAGACUGCCAGAUGCUGCUAUGCAGGUGGCCAAAAUAUCAAAGAUCCUGUUCGCCAUGGAGGGAAAAGCUGGGAACCCGGUCCAGCUGAUUGGCACUGCAAAAAGUCUGGAUGAGCUUCAAAUCAAGUUAGAUGAAGAGAUCGACACUGGAGAACAGGGACCUGAAUCAUGUGAUGACAAUUGUGACAGCGAUGUUGAUUCUGGUGAUCAUGAUGUCGAACGUCAGCUACCUGGAUGCUCCCAAAAAGGUACCAAAAGGCAAAGGCAAACGCAACAUGUACUGGAAGAGGUUGAUGAACAGCCAAUAAGGAAGAAACGAAAGACAGCAUGGAGCGAUGCGGAAAAGUCGGCUGUCCAGAGACGUUUAGGAGCCUUUAUGACUGUUCAUUCUAAGCUACCUGGCAAGAGAGCGAUAGACGAAUGCUUGAAAGCUGAAGCUGUGCUGAAACACAGAACGUGGGUCAACAUCAAAGACUACGUAAGAAACUCGAAGGUUACCAAAAGCAGAAAAACACAGCCUUGGUAAAAACAUUCCCUUUAAUAUCAAAUCACCAUUUUUAUAUUGAAUACACACAUGCUUUUGUUUUGAGUCACCAAACUGCUGAAAAUGCUCAUAAAUUACAAGGCAUGUUCUUGUUAUUACAGUCUAAAAUGUGUAUUCUUUUAUAUUUGGUUUCUCCAUGUAUUCAUAAAAUGUUUACCCACUCUACUGGCAAAGGAUUUGUUAUUUUGAGGUUUUAUUAUCAUUUUUGUAGGCAUCCGGCAAUUUGUAAUUGUGUUAGGGUCUUAGUGGACCUAUGCUUGGCCACUCCCAGAUAUCAAUGACAGGGAGCAUAUCGUUUAGGCAACAUGUACUGAUUACAAUGAGAAUUUUGCAGCAUGAGUUGGAAAUAUCCUAUUUGAACAAGAAAAAAACCCAUAGAUUUUUUAACGAAAUAAAUCAGUGGAAGUUGUAAUCAAACAGUCAAGUAUUUGUAUUUACAUACCAUAAUGGCAGCAUAAGAAGGCAGUAGGGGAAUUGACUAGUGUAAUGCUUGUACAUUUGUGACACAAUUAAAACUUAAACAACAUUUAUUAUGAGAACACGUUCAGUAUAGUGUAUUAAUAUCAUCAUCAAGGGAGAGUGCCCUUAUUAUGUGUAAAGGGUGCCCCUUUUCAUUUUGGACAGAACUUGUGUUGUUUCUGAUAUUAUUAUGGGGUUGUACUAAACACUCGGGUCGCGGCGCGCUGAAAAACACUCGGGUCACGGCUCGUUUGGCCAUCUUUUUUUAAGUGUCUUCAAAUCGGCUUUUUAAUAUAAGGGGGAAAUCUUAUUUCAAAUUAGCGACUGUUUUUACACUCGGGUCGCGGCUCGCUGGGCCAUUUUUUCAAUGAUGUCUUCAAAGGGGAUGCGUGGGGAAAUUUACUUUAAAAACGAAGUUGUAAGUUGUGAUUGUUUUUUGUUCAAUGAUAGACAAAUAAGAAGAUUAUAAUUAAGGCUGACAUCGGGAAAGACAAAUAUACUAGGUGGGUAAAGUGGAUUUUAGAUAAAGUGUAAUAGUACAUAGGUAUAUGAUCUAUUAAUAUGAUAGAAACAAGGAAGAAUGGAUACAGUGAGAAGAUGAAUUGUGGGAAAUUAAGAACUACCAAGAGAGGAAUACAAAAACAAAGAAUGAAAGAAUGAAAUGAAUAUUUCCAUCAUUCCUUGUAAUAUCCUAUCAAGUUUUAUUCCUCGCUUUAUUUUCAUAUUUGUCAGUCUUUAAAAAAUAUUCUUUCUAAAUUUUAUUCUACCCCUUUAUUUCUCAUCUUUUUUCUAUCAUGUAAAUCUUUAUUUCCUCCACUCUUUUCUUUAUAUCUUUAUCACUGUUAAAUCUGACCAAUGAAUUCUUUCAAUUCCCUUUUUAUUAAAUAUUUGUUUUCUUUCAUUCUUUCAUGUAAUCCUCUCUUGUUAGUUCUUAAUUUCCCACAAUUCAUCUUCUCACUCUAUCCAUUAUUCCUUGUUUCUAUCAAAUAUACAGUUCAUUUCCCUUGUAGUAUUACACUUUCUCUAAAAUCCACUUUAAUCACCUAGUAUUUUGUCUUUCCCAAUGCCAGCCUUAAUUCUAAUCUUCUUAUUUGUCUAUCAUUAAAAAAAUAAUAAUCACAACUUCCAACUUCUUUUUUAAGAAAAUUUCCCCACGCAUCCCCUUUGAAGACAUCAUUGAAUAAAUGGCCCAGCGAGCCGCGACCUGAGUGUAAAAACAGUCACUAAUUUGAAAUAAUAUUUUCCCCCUUAAAAACCGAUUUGAAGACACCAUUUUGUUUAAAUGGCCAAACGAGCCGCGACCUGAGUGUUUAGUACAAGCCAUUAAUAUGGGAUAGUGUAGAGAUAGAAUUUGUACACUUUUGUUUAAUUAGCAAUGCAGUAGUUUGUGCAGAUUUAGUAUAAUUGUGGCAAAAAAUAGAGGGGGAGUCAAUGAUCAGUGCCCCCUUUAAAAAGUAAACCGAAUGUAUGUUUGUUGUGAAUUAAUAAGAACAGAUCUGAAUAUUAUUCUCAGAUUUCCCACAUACAUAAAAUAUGUCAAUUUAGUGUUUAAGCACUAGACUAUAGAUGAUGGUUGUAAUGUGAAUAAUUAGUUGUGAUGGGGGUCGGGGACCCAAAACCUUUUUUUUUUGUAAUACCUUUGCAACAAAACAAAUAAAAAGGGCUAUAAUAAAGGGUUGGUUCCAGUAUAAUCAUAUAAACCUACAAUAUUAAUAUGAUUCACCUUACUUCUUGCUGAUUCAAUUUCAUCCCUGGUCCCUUUUUUUUGGGGGGGGGGGGGAUUUGUGAUGUCAGUGAGUUCUCCUUCAUUCUUCAUCAUUGUUCAAAAGUUGGCUUCUCCAACAAAUUUGUAUUGCGUCAGAUUUGUGUUAAAUGUAUAGCACACAACUAAUGAUGAUGCUAUGAUAGGAAUGUAAAAAACAGAUAUGCUGUGUAGCUUUUUUAACCUUAGGUACUGUUAAACUCUACGUAAUUAUGUUCAUCAAACUAAUAUCUGGAAUCUUUUACAUCCAUUUUGCCCCCAAAUCAAACUCCAUCAUGUUAAAUGGUAUCUUUGGAAUGUACUAUUGUUACCACUGACAAAUAUUCAUAUAUAAUAUUUGAGAAACUUGGAAAAAUGGAUAUUAUUAAUUUUGUCAGACUGAAAAGGGAAUUAUCCCUCAAAUACUAACGCAUUCAUAUUUAUAUGUAUCACAUGAUUUUACAACAAAAGAAAAUAAAAUGGUAUAUAAAUCAGGACUUUCUAGCAAACUGUGUGGUGUGCUAGUACUCUACCUAGGGGCUGCUAUUUUCUUAGAGAGCAGUAGUGACUCUUGACCUUCAGUUUCAGUUUAGUUUCAUUUAUUUCACACUAAAUAAUUUCGAAAUUACAUGUGAAAAAAGGAACUUAAUCAAAAGCAUAUAGCUUGUAGAAUUUAAGUUCCUCAAAAUAAUGUUGACACAGUGUCAUUCAUUAUAAGGUAGAAGUAUGAUGAUACAAAAUCAGAGUAUACAGAUAAAACAAUGAAAUGAUAUGGAUGAUGGAUGUAAGAAAGAAGAGAACUAGGAAGGGAAGGUAAAGCAUGGGGGUCAGGAGAAGAAUGAGGAGAGAGAAAAGGAAGUUUUUAGAAUAGAAUAUUCAAGGUCGGGAGUCACAGUCCAGAAAAAAAUAGUAUACUUGUGCAUUACAUGUACAAAUUUAAUACUAACAAUUUGAUAUGUUUUUUAAAGCUGCAACAGUUCUUAAGCUAUUUGAGAUUCGGAUCAAUGGUGCUUCAGUAGUUUGGUCCUGUGUAUGAAAUAGUUUUUAUGGCGAAAACUGCCCUGGUUAGGGAGGAUGAUAGUUUGUACGUGUUGCAUGUCGUGUUUGGUAUGUGUGUAAAGCAUCAUUUUUUGUAAAGCGUUCAAUUAUGGCUGAUGGGAGUAUUGCUAAAUAACAUUUAAUUAUUUUUUUGUUUAAUAUUCAAGGAGACUUUGUUUGCCUGGAUCCAAGAGAGGGCUUUUGGCUUUCUUGCUGUGUGUUUACAGCAGUGGGCUCUUUUUUUCUUCAUUUCUAGUUAUGAGUUAUGUUGUUCAAAGUUGUUACAGAUGUUAUCUUUUGUUUUCAUUAAUUGGUUGCUUAAUUUCUUGUUAUGGUUUGAGGUGGGUUUUGUUUUUAGGUUUUAGAAUUCUAGAUUUUUUUUAGAAUCCCUGGGGAUUUUGCGGUAGUAAACCCCAUUUAUUUAAGUGGCAGAAUUCAUUUUAUGCCUCAACCUUUCAUAUCAUUCCAAACACACAAAUAUACUAUACAUGUGUAUAAAUUAAGGAUGGCCGGCCAAGAAUGAACAGUAAUAUGAUCUGUUAUUUUAACAAGACCUCAAAGAAAUCAUGAAAUAUGCGUAGGCUGAGUUGAUCAAUUCUUCAAGUAAAUGAUAUCAAUAUCAUCUAUUUUGCCUUCGUUUGUAUUCUAACCUCAUUUUCUGUGGCAAUGUCAACUUCACAAUAUUGCACCAUUCUUUUACCCAGGUGAUGUUAGAAAUAAUUCUUUAUUCGUAAUCCCAAUUAUAAGACAUUUUUCUACUACAUGCAUGUUUAAUCUGUAGAUUUUUGCAAAUGUGGUGCAAUGCCUGUGGUUCAAUUGUAUUGAUUGGUACUAAUGCCCUUUUUAUGUACACGUUCGGACUUAACUCCUAAUUGCAUAUCAUCGCUGGACGUGUUUAACCUGUCUCUUGUAAAUUUCAUGAUUUGCAUGUGCCUUUGAAGACUGUCAAAUAAUUGUAUCGAAAUAAAGUAUAUUUUACAGAAAUUCAAAGAAGAUAAACUAUUGUUUAUUACAAUUGGCA